AUGGCAGACCCAGCAACAUGCGCGCCCCUUACACGGCAGUCCGUCAUUGACGCGCACGAGAUAAUAAAACCUCUCGUCCACCACACGCCCGUCGUCACAAGCACAUUCCUGAACCAACUCGCAUCAACACCGCGAAAGAACGCAAAACCCGUUCUCAGGCUAUGGUUCAAAUGCGAGAACCAGCAGCGGGUCGGCGCGUUCAAGGUCCGGGGCGCAUUCCACGCUAUUGAGAGGCUCAAGCAGGAGCCUGGAUGGAUUGAGGGUGGUGGUCAGAGUAGGGGUGUUGUUGGGUUUAGUGCUGGUAACCAUGCACAGGCAGUCGCCCUAGCAGCCCGCGAGAGCAAAAUGCCCGCGCACAUCGUGAUGCCCGAAACCAGCAGCCCGGUCAAGAUUAAGUCUGUCGAGGGCUACGGCGCCAAACUGACUAUCAGCGGCCGGUUUGACCGCGAGGCUGUCGCAGCGCGAAUCGUCGAGGAGACAGGGGCCCGACUGCUCCCGCCCUACGACCACCCGGAUGUGAUUCUCGGGCAGGGAACUGUAGGUCUGGAGAUGCAGGGGCAGAUUCCGAAGCUGGAUGCUAUCAUCUCGCCGAGUAGCGGGGGUGGCCUUCUCUCUGGGACUGCUCUGAGCUGUGAGGGGACUGGGAUAAGGGUGUAUGGGGCUGAACCGGAGUUUGAAGGGGCGGAUGAUGGACGACGAGGGUUUCUCUCUGGGAAGAGGAUUACGCAUGUGGCAUCAAACACGAUUGCAGACGGCCUUGUUGGGAAGUUGGGGGCUUAUCCGUGGGAGGUUAUCUACGAGCGGCGGCUGGUGGAUAUGCUGUAUGCUGUUAGCGAGGAGGAGAUUCUGGAUGCCAUGAAGCUUAUAUUUGAGAGGCUGAAGCUGGUUGUUGAGCCUGCGGCUGCGGUUCCUCUGGCUGUUGCUCUGUAUAACGAGGAGUUCAGGGAGAUGGUGGAGCGUACAGCGGGCGAGGCUGGUUGGGAUGUUGGUAUCAUUCUGAGUGGAGGAAAUGUUGGCAUUGAACGGAUUGCAGAGCUUUUUUCUAGAUAG